AUGGAUUGUUCAUCCCUAUGGCCGCGAUAUGCCGCGGCAGCUGCCUACAACCCGAGCACCACUACGGCUGUAACGAAUCCCGGUGCUGCUGCUGCUGCGGCCGCUGCUGCUUUAUACACUCAGCCAUUUACUAGUCAUACCGGCGUCAAUCAGCUCGGUGGCGUUUUCGUGAAUGGACGUCCUUUACCGGAUCAUAUUCGAAAUCGAAUCGUUGAAUUAGCGCAUCAGGGGAUACGCCCAUGCGACAUUUCGCGCCAGUUACGGGUAUCGCACGGUUGCGUGUCGAAAAUUCUUGGCCGCUAUUAUGAAACCGGAUCCAUUCGACCAGGUUUUUUGCGCCUUGUUAAACCAAAGCUAAAUUUCACAGAAAAAAGAAUUUUUCUCAAUGCUUUUAGGCCUUUUAGCAUUUUAUGCUUUUAGUA